AUCCUUUGGAUCUGAUGGCUUCAUGGGUUGUCGAUAAAUUUUCUGCUGUUAAAAAUAAACACAUUCCAGUUCCUACAUUUGAAGGUCAUCCAUUGACUAAAAAUGAAUUAUUGCCAGUUAAAGAUGUACGUUCUUUAGAAAUAACUUUUCCUUUCAUAGAACAGGCGCCUUUAUAUAUCUCAAAACCAGGAAGGUAUUUAACCCAUUUAAUUUCUCAUGAAGGGUACGGUUCUAUUUUGUCUCUUCUCAAAAAGAAAGGCUGGGCAAAUUAUUUAGAAGCUGGUUCUGUUCCUGGAGCUGUUGGAUUUGAAUUUUUUAAAGUGUCAAUAGACCUAACAGAAUCUGGAGUAGAUCAUUAUAAAGAGGUAGUAAAAGUCGUGUUUCAAUAUAUUAAAAUGUUGAAACAAAUUGGUAUUCAAGAAUGGUGCUUUCGAGAAGUUCAAUCUCUAGCAGAGAUUUCAUUUCGAUUUAAAGAAAAAUCAGCUCCAGCAGGCUAUUCUUCGAAGCUUGCGAGUCUCAUGCAAAACCCAUUUUCACGCGACUGUAUCAUAAGUGGGUCAUAUCUUAUUCGAGAAUAUAAUCCUAAACUUAUAGUUGAAGGAUUAAAAUGUUUAGAGUGGGAUAAGUUUACUCUCACUUUGGUUAGUCCGUCAUUUACUGGCCUAGAUCGAAAAGAAUCGUGGUAUGGAACUGAGUAUAAAGUUGAACCUUUUAGCAUGGAAUUCAUCGAGGAAUUGAAAAAUAUAGAAAUUGAUCCCGAGUUAAAAAUUCCACCUCCUAAUGAAUUUAUUCCAACAAAAUUUGAAACGCAUAAACAUGAAAUUGUUACGCCACAAACAUGUCCAAACAUCAUUAAAAGCACUUUACUUUCUCGAUUGUGGCAUAAAAAAGACGAUACAUUUUGGGUACCAAAAGUUAGCUCAUAUUUCUUGCUAAAGAGUCCUUUAGCAUACGCACCAUCACCAUCGAACUGUAUAAAAACCAGGCUCUACACUGAAUUAGUAAAAGAUAACUUGACUGAAUAUUCUUAUAACGCUGAUCUUGCUGGUUUAAGAUACGACAUUGACACACAGCGUGAAGGAAUACUUUUGACAAUAAAGGGAUAUAAUGACAAGCUUCAUGUGCUUUUGAAAGAUAUUGUGGAUGCAAUGAACCCAAAAUUUAUUAUUUAUCCAGGCAGAUUUGAAAAAGUUAAAGAACGACUCCAAAGAGCAUACAAAAAUACUUUUCUUGAUCCUCCUCAUCAUCAUGCUACAUAUUAUCUUUCAUGUCUAACACAAGACCAAAUGUGGACAAAUAAAGAAAAAUUGGAUGCAUUAGAAGAUAUUACUGAACAAGAUAUAAAAGCUUUUUAUCCAGAAUUGUUUAGUCAUUUGCAUAUUGAAUCAUUAGUUCAUGGAAACAUGUUUAAGGAGGAAGCUUUAAGAUUGUUACAAAUCGUUGAGGAUGUUUUACAACCUAAACCUCUUUUACCAGCAGAGUUAAUUGGUUGUAGAAGUAUUAUGUUACCAGAAGGGAAAAAAUAUUUAUAUCAACAUGAAGUUCUAGAUCCAAAUAAUGUUAAUUCUGCGAUAGAAUAUUAUGUUCAAGUAGGAAAUGUAGUUAAUAAAAGGUUACGAGCAAAAUCAAGCUUGUUGGCACAGAUUAUGCACGAGCCAUGUUUCGAUCAACUUCGAACCAAAGAACAAUUAGAAAUGCCGGAAGAAGAAUAUCAAAGGCAAAUUCAAUCUCUUAUCACAAAAAAAUUGGAAAAACCAAAGAAUCUUUAUCAAGAAGCUCAGCGAUAUUGGAAUCAUAUUGAUUCUGGAUAUUAUGACUUCAAUCAAGUUGAAACUGACGUAGCAGAAUUACGUGAAAUUACAAAACUCGAGCUACUCGAGUUUUAUAAACAGUUAGUCCAUCCAUCUUCACCAAUACAAAAAAAAUUAUCGGUUCACCUUCGAUCACAAAAAAACAUUAAAAAAUCAAAACCAAUAGAUAUUAAUCAUCUUUAUUCGUGUUUAACCGCUCAAGGUUUAACCACAAUAACGAUUGAAAAUUUACAAACUUUCUUAUCUUCCAAAGAAAUAGUAGAUGGUCAAGAAUUAGAAACAUUGCUAAAACAAUUUUUAAUCGAUCAAAGCAAGGCUCAAGAGAGAGAGAUUGAAGAAUUGAUUAAGAAUGUUGGAGAGUCUUAUUUAAUUGAAAAUUCUGUAGAUGAAGAGAAAGUCGAAUAUGGUAAUGCUAUAGAUGUAAGGUUAUUAGAUUUAAAACCAGGGAAUGAAAAAAUUGAAGAUAUUUAUGUUUGGAAGAGUAACAUGCAAUUGGGUCCUGCUCCAACACCAUCCAUAAGGUUAAAUGAUUUGAUGAGUAACGAAUCAUGA